AUGAAGAAUGGACAAAAAUAUAUUUAUUAUAUUAUUGGUGAAAAUCUGCAGCAAGUAAAGAAUAACGUGGUCACCGAACGCAUAAAAGAUCGCGAUUUAGAAGUAAUUUAUAUGACUGAUAUCAUCGACGAAUUCAUAAUGGCACAAAUAUUGUUUUCGUAUGACAGAAAAAGGAUGAUGACUGUUGCCAAAGAGGAUUGCAAGCUUCUCGAGAACGAGAUUGAAAAGUUGAAGAUUGCAGAGGACGCUGUCAAAUUCAACAGAUUGUGUAUAAUGAUGUACAGGAUCUUAAAAGGUAAGGUGGACAGAGUCGUGAUCUCUAACAGAUUGGAAAAAUCGCCCUGCUGCAUCAUGACCUCACGGUGCAGCUACACCGCCAACAUGGAGAGGAUCGUAAAGGGGCAAAUGGCGCCGAAAUGUGCCAAGUUCACCGAAUACAAGAAGAUGAGAAAGCAGUUCGAGAUCAACCCCGAUAACGUUAUCAUCCAACAUCUUUGGAAAAAGACAUCUCUUGGUUAUAAGAUCCAACAAAUUAAACAUUUCGUGGAACUGCUAUUCGAGAUCGCACAUAUCUUGUCCGGCUUCACUCUGCAAGAUCCGCAAUUGUAUCUUAAUAAUAUUUGCACCCUAAUUCCAUUGCAAUUGAAAAAAACAGUAAUAAAGAAAUAA